AGGUAACUUAGGGCAGGUUUGGUGUGUUGACGCAGCGUGAGAGCCUUUGCGGUACUUGCCGUGGCUAGAAUUUGGGCUAUCGAUACCGACGACAAGCAACGUCCGACGACCUCAAGACACCUCGAAACUUUGCAACAUGACCAAGAAAAGAAGAAAUGGCGGCCGUAACAAGAAGGGCCGUGGCCACGUCGGUUUCGUUCGUUGCUCGAACUGCUCCCGUUGCGUCGCAAAAGAUAAGGCUAUCAAGCGUUUCACGGUGAGGAACAUGGUCGAGAGCGCGGCCGUUCGAGAUAUCAGCGAAGCUAGUGUCUACCCAGAAUACGUGAUUCCAAAACUCUAUAUCAAAAUCGCAUAUUGUGUAUCUUGCGCUAUUCACUCGCAUGUUGUACGUGUACGAUCACGCGAGGGCCGCCGUAACCGUGCCCCUCCCCCACGCAUUCGAUGGAAAGAUGGCAAGAAGGUGAACCCUGCUGUCGCUGCUGCAGAGGAUGCCAAGGCAGCUGCCGCAGGAAAGGCAUAAGGCUGAGCGAUAUCACCACUUUGUGUUUUUCCCGCUACCGUUAGGGAGUAGGUCUCAUAGCUUUCACUUUUAUCCUGCAAAAUCUGUGCAAUUAUUCCAUCUGUCCAACCCAGGCGACUGCGAUCGUUCUGGAAUGUAGGCUGGCGGUCAUUUGUCUUGUGUGUCCCUUUUGCGUUUGCCUCUCGUUCCUUGUCUCGCAAUCUCUGUAUCCUAGUGUUGGCCUUCAUUGGGCCCCUUCCUGUUAGAGUCUCAUUUGAGUUCAUUAUUCCUCAUGCCCUUGUGUCUUCUGAUGUCGGUCGUCGUUUGCAGCCUGGUGAAUGGGUUGUCGAGAUUCUGACUGCUUAUGAGAAAUGCUCGCUCGCCACCGACGUGGAGUUUGGAGUAGCUUGCACGAUGUUGUCAUUGGUAUGCAUUGGUUCAGUGCAUAGCGCGAGGUUGUUCGCGGUGACAAUCCAGCUACCAUUUUGAC